UCAACUUCGCCCCCUCAGCAUCGCCGCCAUUUCACCAGGUGAAGGACUCAAACAGCGUCUGAAUACUUUUUGCGGUAGUGGCGACACCUCACCUCAACGGGACAGCAACGCGACGGAGCAUUGUUUUUAAGACUUUAAAUUAGCGUUUAUCGUUGUCUAGACCUAGCUUGAGUGGUUUAGAGCAGCUUAAUCUGAAAAAGAAGGAAAACGGCGAACAUCUGAAGGCAAAAUGUCGACUGAGGCUUCACCAGAGAAACCAGGCCAAGGGAAUUCAGUGAACGGCAAGUCCAACCAUGAGUCCAGAAAGGAGAGGCCCCAGAAGCGUGGUGGCGGGGGACGAUUUGAACCUUACGGAAACCCCAACAAGAGAUACCGUGUGUUUGUCAGCAACAUUCCCUAUGAUGUUAAAUGGCAAACACUGAAAGAUCUCAUGAAGGAAAAAGUGGGUGAGGUAACGUACGUGGAACACUUAAUGGACGGAGAAGGCAAAUCAAGGGUAAGUGCAAGAGACGAACCUCCCUUUGUCCGCUUGAGUUCUUACAUGUACUCUUAGAUUUUAAUGUGGGAUGUUCAGGACUGGGUUGAGAGUUCAAAAUGUGUUGUCUUGGGUGGCAUUCGAACAAAAAUGGACGCCGACUGCGGUUCUGAGUGGAACCAGUUAUAUAGUAAUUCUGGUUUUCGUUUGAUUUAGAGGUAGCUUUAUUGCACUGCGAGUCUCAUUUCGGACUUCAGGUGGUGUUCAGUAACUAAACAAGGAUAACAUGGCGUCAAUGAUUUGUUGAGCGACUCCAGUGAGAUAACAACAGAAAUGGAGCUUGAAUGUGUAAUUAGAACUGAAGGCCGGUUGUGUAUUCUGGUCGUCAAUUAAUCCUGUCAGCCAUUUUGAGUUUGGAUGUAAUUAUGCACUAAAUGUAACUGUUUUGCACUAAGUGAACACCACAGAGAGAAGUAUUAUAUGAAUAUAUAUAUAUAUAUAUUUUAUCAAUUUAGUGUGCCCGAAUUUUUAAGUGUUUCCUGAGUCAGUUAUCAAUGAUGUCUUAUGGCUUUUUGCUAAUUGUCUCUCUCAUUCCUGUUUUAUUUGUUCGUUCAUCCUGGCUGAUGUGCUGACUGAAUAAAGGGUUGUGCUGUGGUUGAGUUCAGAACUGAAGAACUCAUGAAAAAGGCUGUAGAGAAAGUCAACAAACAUGUCAUGAAUGGCCGUCCUCUCAAGGUCAAGGAGGAUCCAGAUGGAGUGAUUGCCCAGCGUGAAGCUAAUCGGGCUCAUGGGGGUGGUGGUGGUGGCGGUGGACCCCCAGGCAUGGGUGGAGGAAUGGGAGGUGGCAUGGGAGGCGGCAUGGGUGGAGGAAUGGGCAUGGGGAUGGGUCCAGGGCCUGGCGCUCCUCCAAUGGUCAACAUCCCUCCCAGUCUCAUGAACAACCCCAACAUUCCCAAUGAGAUCAUCCAUGGACUCCAGUCUGGAAAAAUCGGAAGCACCAUUUUUGUGGCCAAUCUGGACUACAAGGUUGGCUGGAAGAAGCUCAAAGAGGUGUUCGGAAUGGCUGGAGCGGUUGUGCGUGCUGAUAUCCUGGAGGAUAAGGACGGGAAAAGCAGAGGCAUGGGAACGGUUACGUUUGAGAUGCCCAUUGAGGCUGUUCAAGCAGUCUCCAUGUUCAAUGGACAGCUCCUCUUCAACAGGGUCAUGCACGUCAAACUGGAUGAGAAAUCCCUUCCCAAAGGUGACUUUGCGCCCCCAGAUCGUCCUCCAGCACUUCCUCGUGGUCUGAGCGGUGUCGGUCUUGGUCUGGGACCCGGCGGUCAACCCAUCGAUGCUACCCAGCUCAACCGGGGUGGAAUGGGCAACAUGGGCCCAGGAGGAAUGGAUGGAAUGGGCUUUGGUGGCAUGGGUAGAGUGGGAGGGAUUGAUAAUUUUGGAGGAGGUAUGAACAACAUGGAUCGUUUUGGACCCUCUGGAAUGGGAAGAAUGAAUGAUAUGGAUCGUGGAAUUGGUGGUGGCUUUGAUAGAGAAUUUGGUGGCCGUAAUGACAUGGGAAUGGCCCGUAGCAACUUCGGAGACUCUUUUGACCGAGGAAUGGGAAACACCAUGGGAAUGGAUCGCAUGAAUUCUGGUAUGGAUCGGCUUGGUGGUGGCAUGGACCGCAUGGGAGGACUAGACCGAAUGGGAAUGGAUCGCAUGGACCGCAUGUCUGAUCUGGACCGGUUGGGAACUGGCUUUGACAGAAUGGGUUCAGGGCUUGACCGGUUAGGGCCCAGUAUGGAUCGCCUGGGAUCAGGCCUUGACCGCAUGAGCUCCAGUGUGGACCGCAUGGGCCCUGGUGGGUUUGACCGCUUGGGCCCGUCCAGCAUGGAUCGUAUGAGUGGCGGAAUGGACUUUGCCUCUCCUAUGGGCAUGGACAGGAUGAACGCGGGCCUCGACCGAAUGGGUUCAAACUUCGACCGCAUGGGCUCCGGUGGCAUGGACCGCUUUCCCUCCUCAGGCCUUGAUCGCAUGGGUACCAGCAUGGAUCGUAUGGGCUCUGGUGGCGUCGGUGGUCAGUUUGACAGACCUGCUGAUAUGGACCGUGGCAACUUUGGCACUCCUUUCAGUGGGUCUGGACAAGGAGGGCCAGGGGCUGGUGGAGCCAAUGCCAGGAAGGGCUGCCAGAUUUUUGUCAGAAAUCUGCCCUUUGACUUCACCUGGAAGAUGUUGAAGGACACUUUCAAUUCAUGUGGCAUUGUGCAGUAUGCAGACAUAAAGAUGGAGAACGGUAAAUCCAAGGGCUGUGGUGUGGUGCGCUUUGAUAGUCCUGAGACUGCAGAGCGAGCCUGUCGUACCAUGAACGGCUACCGGCUAAAUGGGCGAGAGAUUGAUGUCAGGAUUGACAGAAAUGCAUAAUCGUCAUCUUUUGCCUUCCACAAUUGAAUCCCUCCACCCCACUCACUAUGCUUUCCAAUUAAUUUGUCAAGUUACAUAUUUGUAUUUGUGCCGAAUGGUACACUUUUAGUUUUGCUUAUGACUUUUUAGAGACCAAAUUUUUUUUUUUUCUCCCCACUUUUUAUUGUGAUGCUUUCCAAGAAAUUGCCUUUGUUAAAGGUUUGCUAAUAAAUCUCAACUUUGAGAACCUA